AUGAUGCACAGAAGUCUCUUCGCCACGAGCGUCAGAACCAACUUGGACAAUGUGAAGCAGUCACAUUGUUCCCUGGUGCCAAGAAUUUGCUUACGCCUGCUGCGUGAAGGAGCUCUACUAGGUUUCUGCUUCGAUGCUAGAAAGCAGAAGCUCUGUGGCUACUCGUUGCAUGCACGGUCCUUUCGCGCAUACUGCGGGGAAGACGGCAAGAAACAAGGAGCCCGUGGAAGUGCCGCAGCCCUGAAGGAGCAGAUUGCGCAAUUGAGGAAGGAUCUUCAUGCAACUCCUUGGAAGACGCUGUCCCGUGUGCUAGUUGAGAACGAUGUGUUGCAGCUGCCAUGGAAAGGACCUGAUUGGAAAACCCUGCCAGAACCGUCUCCAGAAGAAAUGUCCUACAUGGCUGGCUUCUUUGACGGUGAUGGGUGCGUCACGGAAAAGUCCAACCUCAGUGGCUGUCGCCUGGCAGUUAGCCAGGCCUUUGAUGCAAGUGCUGUGCUUGUGAGAUAUGCCAACCUGUUUGGCGGCACGGUGGAGGUACGGUCCCAGGGAGUCGGGCUCCAGAAGCCAGUGCUCAAUUGGCGGCUUGAAGGCCCCGGUUGCAAACAUGUAUCAAACUUGUUGGCCACGGCGUCCGUGGUGAAACAUAAACAACUGGCGUUAGCUGCAAAAUGGCCAAAAGAUACAGAUGGCAGAAAGCUGGCGAAGCACAAGCUGAGAGGUUGGAAGCAUGGCAGUACAGACACUCAGACUCAUGGUUGUGUCAGCUGGAGCUACUUUGCUGGUUUCUUUGACGCAGAAGGUUGCAUCAAGAUUACCACUACGGGAAACCUUAUGUUAACGAUUUGUCAGAAGCGGGAAGCAAUAUUGAACGUCAUCAAGGUUUUUUUGGCAGAUCAGAGCAUCCAUUCAGAACUGUACAAUUGUCGGACACAUGGAUGCUUGAGCAUCCACCGUCGCGGUGACUGCGAGGCUGUUCUGCAACGCAUGCAACAUGCCGGAUUGCUGGUAAAGGCGCAGCAUGCCGAGAUUGCUUUGAACACAGAGAAGACAGGACCUUCGCGUGCCCGGGAGCAGCUGGGAUUGCUGGUGGGCAACCAGAGCUUCGGCAAAAGGCUAGACGAAGCAGGUUGCUUGCGCGCUCAGGAAAUCCGCAGAAUGCGACAACAAGUUUGGUAUUUGAAGUCUAGAGGGCAGGAGGACGCUGCGGCAGCUCGACUUCUGGCAGCGCAAGAACUGGUGGCAAAGCACGACCUUCUGAAAUUAAAGGCAGAGCGGGACAUGUUGCUUCGCCACGCCGCUUUCAUCCAACGACUGUCCGGAAGCAUGUGGGAGUGA